AUGCAUGGGCCAGGGAUGCGACAUUCUGCAAAAUGCCGCAAGAUCAAGGAGGAGCAGGAUAAGGAGGCCACGCAGGUCCACGACAACAUGGAGUACACGCCCUCAGAACCACCCGACAUGGAACAACAUGGUGAUCAGGACAUGCGUGCGCGUGAAAGCGACAUGGAGGUAGAAGAAUCAAAUGUGCAAGAACCUACACCCGAAAUAGCAUCCGAAUCCAGUAAGGAUCAAAAGGGGGUAAAGCGCAGUGCAGAUGUUAGUGCUGAGGAUCUAGAACAGGAGUUGCGCGAGGAGGUUCGAGAUAUUGAGUAUAUACAAGGCCUACAAUGGACGGAAACGGCAACCCCUCUUUGGAUUGUGGCAUCGCAUGCGCAUGAGUCGGACUUGACGUCACCAGCAUUUUACACCAUGUCUGUGAAUUCCAUCAAGUUUGAUCCAAACAAGGAACAUGUUUCGACUAGGAUCAAGCUUGGCGGAAGUUAUGUCUUGAUUUGGAAACCGGACGAGGUCAUCGACGACAGUUCCCUUGAGAGCCUGAGUCCAGAACUGGGCUAUCAAGGCAUGGUUGAGGAGGUCAAUAACAUGGAGGCAUGCAAGGCAGGUCGUUUGGCUGAUGGAUAUGAGGAGCUUAAGCUAUGGUUGUCGCUCAUUGGGGUGAAGCAAGCAGACCCGACGCAGGCAACGGAAGCAGCAUUGAGAGCAGUUCUCAGGUAUCUCAUGGGUCAUAGGCACAUUGAGAUACGCUUGUCUUGGUUGCAGAGCAAGAUCGCAGAGCAGCAGAUUCAGCUCAGGUUCAUCCCUGGAGUGUCCAACGCAGCAGACAUGUACACAAAGCAGGCAGAUGGAUUCAUGGGCAUGCUUCAACGCCCUGCUCGAGUGGAAGUUGCAGCAGAGCACUCAUCGGUUAGUGUGCGAGCCAUGGCAGCUGAUGAUCAGUUUGACCUUGUUGGUCUGACUGAAGAAGAGCAGAGCAUGCUCACGAUGCUUGUUGCCAAAGCAUCUAUGGGAAAGGGUUCAUCGUCUGCUGAGCUUGGGGCUAUGACGGAUGCACCGAAGCGGCGUGGCGAUGAGAUUGAAUCCAGGCCGAAGGCAAGGGGCAUCGGCACCUAUGCUUCAAUCCCUGUGCCACCAGCACCGGAGCUUGGGGAAAAGAUGGUGACCAUCACCUUUCCAGAAGGCAUCGCAGAUUUGCCGACAUGGGGAGCAACCUUGAUGACAUGUGGCCCGGUGGCAUCUGAGCGGCUUUCGUAUGAGGAGUUGCGAUCAUCGGAGAAUGCAGAGCAUGUGCAGUAUUGCAAAUGGUUGAUGGCACGAGCAACUACGAUGAAAGGGCAAUUCGAUGUGUUCAUUCGAAGGAUGAUAACUCAUUAUAAUCCCAGAAGAGCAGGGAGCGUGUGA